UUUUUAGACAGCGCUUUGCCCCCGGCCGCGUGUCCGCUCAAAGUUCAGCUUCCAAGGUGCCCGUGCGCCCUGCAGAGCGAUACUGCUCUCGGGCGGCCACACUAGCUCUGGAGACCCAGGCACCGGGGGAAGGAUCUGGGAUCCAGCCGCUGCCGCCCGGAACCUCCGAGGCUGCACAGCGAGCGGCUGUGUGUGAAGCCGAGAGCGGCUAAGGAGGGACCGGUUCCGGCUUCCGCACACUCACUCACCGCAGAGGAGAAGCCGGGCGGCUGCCGGAGGAGCUGGGCCAGAAAGUGAAAAAUGCCUAAAAAGAAGACAGGUGCACGCAAGAAGGCCGAGAAUCGUCGAGAACGUGAAAAGCAGAUAAGAGCUUCAAGGGGCAACAUAGAUUUAGCUAAACAUCCUUGUAAUGCUUCAAUGGAAUGUGAUAAAUGCCAAAGACGACAGAAGAAUAGAGCCUUCUGCUACUUUUGUAGUUCUGUUCAAAAAUUGCCUAUUUGUGCACACUGUGGGAAAACAAAAUGUAUGAUGAAGUCUUCAGACUGUGUUAUAAAACAUGCUGGUGUGUACAGUACGGGCCUUGCAAUGGUGGGUGCAAUCUGUGAUUUCUGUGAAGCUUGGGUCUGCCAUGGUAGGAAGUGUCUCAGCACACAUGCUUGUAUCUGCCCUCUUGCAGAUGCAGAAUGCAUUGAGUGUGAAAGAAGUGUCUGGGAUCACGGAGGCAGAAUAUUCAGCUGCUCUUUUUGUCAUAAUUUCCUCUGCGAAGAUGAUCAGUUUGAGCAUCAAGCCAGCUGCCAAGUUUUGGAGGCAGAGACAUUUAAAUGUGUUUCCUGUAAUCGGCUUGGGCAGCAUUCAUGCCUGCGUUGUAAGGCUUGUUUCUGUGAUGAUCACACCCGAAGCAAGGUUUUUAAGCAAGAAAAGGGAAAAGAGCCUCCUUGCCCUAAAUGUGGGCAUGAAACUCAGGAGACAAAGGAUCUGAGCAUGUCAAUACGCUCUCUGAAGUUUGGCCGGCAGACAGGCGGUGAAGAGGCAGAUGGAGCUUCUGGCUAUGAUGCCUACUGGAAGAACCUCUCAUCGGGUAAGGAUGGAGAUGCAGGUGACCAUGACGACGAAUAUGAAGAGGAUGAAGCAGAGGAUGAUGAUGAGGAGGGAGGGAAGGAUUCUGAAACAGAGACCACAGAUUUAUUCAGUAACUUGAAUUUAGGAAGGACCUAUGCUAGUGGCUAUGCCCACUAUGAAGAAGCGGAAGACUAAGAUUACAUAGUGGGGAGCUCUAUAGCAUUUGGAAGGAAUAAGUAUAGGAGUGCUUUAUGCGUGCCACUAGAAUAGCUCUGCCAGGCACUUAAGCUUCAAAGUGUAUUAGGGAAAAAGGGCAUGGAACUUCUGUAGAAACUCAAGGUGUAUGUGUGUGGAGGAAAACAGAUAAAUGUUCAUAUUCAUGCAAGUAACCAAAGUGGUUUUGAUCUCACGAUUACUGAGUGUAAUAGCUUAAUGUCUUCUCCCCCCACCAAGUUGGGAGUGUAGGAGGGUAAAGGGAUUUGUUUCCAUCUGUUCAUCAGAAAUUAAGUUAUUUUUCUUGAGUAAUUUUGACUGUAAUUCUGUAAUCUGAUUUCAUAAAUUAUAUGUAGUGGUGUAAGUGGGUGGCUGUAUUCAUUUUUGGCUUACAAAAUAAAAGUCAGCAGCAUUCUGUAGUGAGUUUUCAUAAAUAUUGAUCUGGACUGAGUACUAGGAAAGCACUUACUGCAGGCCUAUCAUGAGCCAAAUAUAAACUGAAAUUAAAAUAACUUUACCAUUUCAUGUAGGCGAGACAGAUCAAUACAUUUCCCCAUAACAUAACAUUAUCAUUCCAUGCCUUUUGAACAUUAUACAUUAAUCAUAGACAUUAUGUACAGUCACCUACGGUGUCACCUACAUACAUAAGAUCAGAAGGUUUAUUUAUCACAAUAAAAAUGUUAAUGUAUCCUUCCUACCCAAUAAAAGCAUCAUUUUCUUUUAGUAUAGUAUCAUUGUUUGCAAAGAGGGGUCAAAAGGGUGGUAACUAGUCUAUUCUACCCCUUCACCUGCAUUGCAGCAGGAAGAAAUCAAAGAUUCAAUAAGAAUCAAACCUAGGAUUUUUGUUAAAAUAAGAUAAUAGGAUGUUUGUGUUCUGUUGGAAUAGCACCCUGUUCCUUGUUAGUACAAGACUGUCACAACCACAGAAGAAGUGAUGCAUGCUUUGGAGUGUCUUGCUGACACUGAUUACUUUAUAAUCAAAAUAUUAGGAAUUAUUUGCUGCUUUUUAUGAAAGUCAAGUGAUUCUUCCAAGAAACAGUUCCAAUUUAAAUUGUUUAAAGUAAAAAAUUGGAACUGGAACUUGGUGUAACUGCAGCUAAAUCUUUUUUCCUUCCACUUUCUUCCACUAAUACUUCCCAUACAGCAGCAACAUGUGUGUGCGCACACAGACUUUCUGUUUUGCAUGCUAUGUGCAUCUUCCCCAGCUUUUAAUAAAUUGCCUUCUUCCUCUCAUCACUAUUCAGGUUGACCAUAUUGUGCCACCUUGCAGCAGAGCCAGGUGCUUUGAUGUAUUCAGUUGAAGUGUCAUGACACUUCAAAUGGAGCUAAUGGAUUAAAAAGAGAAGCACUGGAGAUUUUCUGUGAGAUGCAUUUGCAAUUCAGCUGAAUAAUUCCUGCUUGAAAGACCAGAGAAACUGGAGGUGGGAAUGUGGCUCUAUGCAAGUCACUUAGUUUCUCUGGCAGUGCCUAAAUACCUUUUAGGAUCUAGGGCUCAGUUCCCCCAAUCUGUACAAAGGGGGUAAUAGUGCUUCCUCACCUCCAAAAGUGUGGUGUAAGGAUAAGUGUGAGGCAUUCACAUUCUACUGUGAUGGUGGUCCAUAUAAAUGGAUGAACAGACCUUUGAUAUUGUUCCUAUUACUAAUUAUUAAAUUGUGAAAUUAGCAAUAGCAGUGUAGGCUCCAGUUCAGCCCUUGCUUAACUGUUAGGCCCAGCUAUUUCCACUGGUGAAUCGGUCUUCCCUUGGUGAUUCUACAGACAAACGCUGACUAGUUGCAGAGCUUGACGGAUACCUCAUAUGUAAAAUAAUUAAGUGCUACUACAAAGUCUUGGGAGUGCUGAAAGGAUGUGUGAUUUCUUUCAGUUCUGUUUAAUACUGCAAUUAUGUGUGUCAUCUGCAAAUGUUACUUUUUUUAUUAUUAUUUACUGGAAUUAAAUUCUGUUAAUGUGCUUGGCUCCGGGAGCCAUA